AUGGCACCAACACCUUGUGCCAUUUGCAAGACUGCAAGAGCUUUAAUUAUUCGACCAAAGAAUCAUCAAAAACUAUGUAAAGCAUGUUUUAUCGGUAUAUUUGAAGCCGAAAUUCAUCAUACAAUUACCUCCACAUCACUUUUCUCAGCAGGCGACAAAAUCGCAAUAGGAGCAUCCGGAGGAAAGGACUCAACAGUACUGGCUUCGGUUCUCAAAACUCUAAAUGAAAGAUAUAAUUACGGACUCGAACUCGUUCUACUAAGUAUCGACGAAGGAAUAAAAGGCUAUCGCGAUGACUCCCUCGAAACUGUCAAGCGCAAUGCGGUCCAAUACGAUAUGGCUCUUAAGAUUGUAGGAUAUGAUGAACUAUAUGGAUGGACCAUGGAUCAAGUAGUCGAAACAAUAGGCAAGAAGGGAAAUUGUACAUACUGUGGUGUCUUUCGCAGACAGGCUUUAGAUCGAGGGGCAAAAAUGCUGGGCAUCAACCAUGUGGUUACGGGACAUAAUGCAGAUGAUGUCGCAGAAACUAUUUUGAUGAAUCUACUGCGCGGAGAUUUACCCCGGCUGGCGAGGAGUACUAGUAUCGUCACCGGUGACGAAUCGAGCGAGGUGCGUAGAAGCAAGCCUCUGAAAUAUGCGUAUGAGAAGGAGAUUGUGCUCUAUGCGCAUCACAAGAAGUUGGAUUAUUUCACGACGGAAUGUCUAUACAGUCCCGAGGCUUUCAGAGGUAGCGCGCGAAGUUUGAUCAAGAAUCUAGAGAGAGUACGACCUAGUGCCAUCUUGGAUGUUGUGCGCAGCGGAGAAGACAUGGCGAAGUUAGUACCAGCAGAAGUUACCGGAAUCAGUCACUGCAAGAGUCAAAAAGUCUCAUUAGCAGCUACCAAUGAGGAGGAAGAAGGCAAUGGAGGUUGCGGAACUAAUGGUCGAUCCAGUGGAGGGGAGAUGGCGGAUAUGGAAAAGAAACUUCAAGCAGACGAAGAAGCUUCGGGAAGAGAAAUCGAUGUAACAUCUAUCGCAUUAAAUACCACCAACGGUCAACGUCACGAUAUAAUAGAUAAAACCCAAACACAAAAAGGUGGCAAGAAGGAUGGUCGAAAACUCACAAAACAAACACUGGGAACGUGUAAGAAAUGUGGAUAUAUGUCCAGUCAAGAGAUAUGCAAGGCAUGCGUUUUACUAGAGGGAUUGAAUAAGAAUCGUCCGAAAAUGGAGAUAGAGGUAGAUGUAGAAGAUGAAGAAGAGAGUUCGACCUUAAGAAGGAGGAUGGAGGGGUUGGCUCUCGCGGCUGGAUAA